CGGCGUAGAUAACGUCUUCCAAAGAUUACAACACUCGCCAGUUAUUGAGUGGUCACGUUACGGUAUGCUGUCUGUAUUUAUUUACCGUCAGUAACAAUUUUUAAUCUGUGAAAGCUGACGGCAUGUGACAAUUAUUUUUAAUUCUAUAUCUGAUAAGUAUUGUUUACUUUUGCAAUUACAUACGCGUAACACUUAAAAUACUCUGUAUUUUUAAAUUAUUUUCUUAAGUUAUAUUGCUGAUCAAGUGGAUAUAUAAUUAAAAUUUAAAAAUGCCACGUACAAAGAGAAGAACAGUCAAACGAACAUCAUCUGAUGUAAAUAUGACUGUUAACAUGACAGUUGGGAAUCAGCCAAAAAAUGUCAAAGAACUUUUAGAUGAGUUUGAUUUUGAAAAAAAGAAUAUUGAAGAUAGUUUCUAUAAUGCCUAUGACAAUUGUAGAAACCAAAUAGAAAGUUCAUUUCUAUUAUUACAAAUGAAUUUAAGUGGCAAGUUGGAAUUAAAACUACAUGAUUAUCUUGCUGAAUGUAAUAAUGUAGAAUCUUCUAAAAACAUUUUAAAAGGAUCUGAACGUUCUACUAGACCAACUACCAAAUCUGCUGCUUCCAAUGGAACUUCUAAGACUAAAAAUGCAUCUGCCUCAAGAUUAAAACAAACGGCAGUAAAUGGAACAGUAACCAAAACACGUACAACUCGUGGUGAAGAAAGGCCACCUCUAUCUGAAAAAAAUAAUGAAUCAAGAUACAAAACGCCAGUAAAUCGGCCGCCAAUACCAACUUCAGCAACUGUUACUCCUAAAGUAAACAUGAACGAACCAAUAUCAGUGAUGCGUCGUCCAAAUCAAGGUGAAGUAGCUCUUUCCAUGACGGGAAGCCCUCUAAUGGUGUCAUCAGUAUCUAGAGAUGACAUGGCAACUGUCAGUGUGCCCUUGGCCAAUGGGAAUGUAUUAUCCAUUCUUCCAAGAACUGGUGCUGCUUGUAUGGACAUAUCAUUUGAUGAACAGACUAAAAAAGAAUUACUGCUACUGAAAGGCAACAUUGAAGGAUUAUUAAAAAUAAAAGGGGGUUUGUAAAAUAUUUUCAAAUAAAAACAUUUUAAAUGUUUGAUUUUUUUUUUUUAGAUGUAAAUGAGUUAUGUUGUAAUAUACAUAAUAUAAUAUUUUAUUAUGAAUUUUACCUCUUGUAUUUACUUAUUUGGUAUAUAA